UUGGCCGGGGGACUGUGAGAAACUCCAACAAGCCCAAGACCCACACAUUCAUAUGGAGAUUUGGGUGUAUAAAUACAGGGCAGAGGCAGAGGAGAAGGCAGCUCAGAUUCAACUGGCUCUUCGAACCGAGCAGAACAACUCUGACUCACAGCUAUGGCACCCACUGUUUUUGGACAAGCAAACUUCUCUAAGGAACACCUGACUCCAGCUCAUAAGCUGAGAAAGCCAAUGGUGGAGAAACUGCGCAGAGAUCGCAUCAACACCAGCAUCGAGCAGCUGAAAUCCCUGCUGAGUCCUGAGUUCCUCAGGCAGCAGCCCGACUCCAAGCAAGAGAAGGCUGACAUCUUGGAGAUGGCUGUGUCCUAUCUGAGGGGCUGGCAGCAGCAGAAGCAGCAGCAGCAGGCAAGCAUGACCUCUGGCCUGAUGUCGGCCGGCGACGGCUACUCCUGCUGCGUGCAGGAGGCCGUCAGCUUCCUGUCCCACUGUGAGGUCCAGACUCAGGCCCACAGGCGGCUGCUCAGCCACUUCCAGGGCCUGCAGGCGUCCAGCAGGACCAGCCACAGUCCCUGCACCCUCUCCCCUCCGGGCUCACCGCUCCAUCAGGUCAGCUCCAGCAAAGGUGUGAGCCAGGCCGGCUGUGCUCUGUGGAGACCCUGGUAGGACGGAAGCAGCGUCACCUCCACACACAGAGAAAGAGAACCACGUCUGUGAACGUCAUGGACAGCAAGUUAAAGACUCACUGAAGUCUGUUUCCUUUUGCUUUGGCAGGAGAUUCAAUAUUGUUUUACUAGUUUAUUGUGAUGAAACAGGCACAAUGUGCUGGUAUUCCUUUGGAAGGACUGAAAUGUUCAGGUUUUACUGAAUAUGUACACCAUGUAUACACAUGGUAUACUUUAUAUUUUAAAGUGUUCACUCUGUGAUUGUGUUUAUUGUUCCUCUGGGAAAAAAGAUCCUAAAAUGUUGUUUGUUUUGCAAACGUUUCUGAAUCUUGUUGUAAGACCCACAUUGGGUUGAAACUUUUAAGUGUCUGAGACACUGUUUGAUUUAUGUGUUUAAACUUCUGUCUAUCUUUGAUACUGAGUAUCACUGACUGAUACAAUUCAUCAGCUUGGUGUUGAUGAAUCAACAACAUCCCAUAAAUGGAUCCUAUGGAUCCACUUUUACUGUAAAUCUUCUUAUGAUUAUACUCUAUUAUGACUAUUUGUGACCAUUAUUUGGCCUAUGUGUGAAGGAAUAUUAUUAUUGUUGAUAAUUGUUCAAAUAGAUGUUUUUUCAUCUUCAAAUUAAU